AUAUAGAUAUAAGUAAAAUUAUUUUCGUUUUAUUACAAAAAGAUACUUAUUUGUUUGAUUCUAACAUUGAUAUAAAACCUAAUGUCUAUUUAUAUUCAUGUUAUAAAAUAACAAAUGGGCAUUUGAGUCACAAGAAAGUCGAACAUCGAAUAUUAUUGCCCGAUGAAUAUUUACGGCAUUUGUCAGUGAGAAGUUUGAAAUAGUUUUACAUAAAAUUUUGAUAAAAAAUUGUUCUCAAUCCAUCAUAACGAUGGAUCAAAUGGAAAGAUUUUUACCAUUUACGAUAAAACGAGAACAGGAAGAGUUUGAUAUUUGGGAUAGCGAUGAUAACACUAGUCUCGAAGAUAUUAACAAUCUCCUUUCAAUUUCAAUACCUUCACUUUCAGCGAACAAAUUUCAUAUUCCCACUGAUCUAAAUGAUGAAUUUCUUCGACUGACUACUACGGUUCGUACUAUAUAUUUUUCCUAUCUACAUAAAUGCUUACUUAGCAAUUACAUCCUUUGUUAUAAGGAGAAGAAUGAAGAGAUUCCAAGUAAUCAGUUGAAAAUGUGUGCAAAUCAAAUGGAAUUACUUGCAGUUCGAUCAUCUUUAGAAACCACUUUAUACAGACAAAAUAUAUUGAAAUUGAUUUCAGAUGUAAAAUCACAUACAUCAGAGAAAAAAGCCUAUAAAAAAUUAGUGAUAUUUUUGAAAACCGCACCAUCUAAGGUAGACAUUGGAGUUCAAACAAUUAAUUCAUGGGCAGAGUUAGAAAGGGCAGAUAACAUUCAAAGUAUAUGUAUCACCUCUAAUUGUGAAGAAUUGUCCUCAACAAAGGAAAUAUUAAAGCAUAAAGAAGAGGAUGAUAUAAAUGAUGAAAAUGAAGACUAUAUGGAUGAUAUAUCUUCUCAAUUGACUGUCUAUAAUAAUACAGCUUCACCUACUGUCAAUUCUACUAGUCUUAAUGAUCUAGAAAACAAUAAAUUCAAUGAUUUAGAUGAAGAGACAUGCAAUAAAAUGAUAGUGGAUGAAGAAACAAUAAAAGAAGAAGAUAGCAAUAUUUUUAGUUGUAUACAAGAUAAUUCUAAUAUUCAAGUUACAAAUCAAUCCAAUGUUCAAAUUGAUGAUGAGAAUUCACAGGAUUCUCUUUUGCAACACAUGGAAGAUAUGUUUUGUGACAGUGAUGAUAGUAGUGAUCUUAUGACAUUAAUUGAGAAACAUUCAGGCGUUACUAAAGCUAAUAUGGAUAAAGAAAUUAACGCUCUUCUCCCACAUAAUUCUAAUGGUUCUAUUAACACGGCUAAAAGUAAUGACAUAAAGAUUAACUCGGUUAAGAACACUAACAUAAAAACAUCAAAUACAAGUACAGGAAAGUAUAGUUUUAGUUAUUAUAAAGAGAUGAAAACCAGAGAAAGUAAUAAUAAAUCAUCAUCAACAGAAAAUGAGACAACAGAAAACAAGCAAAAACGUAGAAUAAACAAUAUUUGGCUUGUUGAACGUGUAUAUCAAGUAUCAAAACUAAAGGCAAGAAUGACAGAAUUAUCUUUAAAAGAUUGCAGAAGACAUAGAAGAGUUAAGGAAAAAUUUAUUGAAUUAUUUGGAGAAAGUGAUGAUGAAGGUAUGAUAGCAGAUUCACCAAUUUGUAUAGAAGAACAUUUAGCAGCAUGUAAAGAAAGAAUAGCACCAUGGAUUGUAAAAUACUUAAUGCCGUUCUAUAAGAAACGAAGAAUAAAAAAUAGACAGCUCUUUAAAGUAGUUGCCAAGCAUAUAGCUGAUAUGCUUAUUAUUGAGAAUACAUUUCCUGAACAAGAUUGUGUAAGCAAGUAUAUAGAAACAUACUUCAAAAAUAAAAAAUUCAUUAGAACUAAACAGGAUGUAUAUUUAUAAACAUUUGUUACAUAGUUUAAUCUAUUAAAUAAAAGAAAUGUCACAGAACAUUUUACAUAACACGAAUUAUCAACAUUGUAUUUGUUUAAAUUUCAGAGGUUCUAAGCUUGAGAUUAACAAAGGGCAUAAUUACAUAUUUCAUCAUAAAGACAAUGUGUUAAAUAUUACUUAUGUAAAUGUGUUUAAGAUGUCUGCAAUAUCAAUAGAAAAGAAUAAUAAUUUUGUGAGUUGUUUCUAGCAAUCUUUUAAUUUGUUAAGAAAUAAUGAAGUUUGAAUUUACAACACUACUUCUUUUUUAUUGGAAGUUACAUAUACUUUUUAAUCAAAAUAAACACUGACAAAUCCCGUUUGUGUUAAGAUUUUCUUAUUUAAAUAUUAGAGCUCUAAAAGUGACAUUUAAGUCACAGUCUUAAUUUUUUGUAUGUUCCUUAUUAUUUAUAUUGAUAGACAAUAUUUCUUAUGUGAAUGUUACAUGUGCACUUGUUUAUACACAAAUAUAUUUAUUAUAUAUUAA